AUGGAUAAAUUCAAGGCUGCGCUUGUGCUGGCAGGGGUUGGAGAUGCUCUCGGUUACCGCAAUUUCUCCCGAGAAAACAAUGUCUUAGGUGCAAAAAUCCAGCAGGAGCUGAAGGAAAUUGGAGGGCUUGAGAACCUGGUGCUCUCUUCUGACAAGUGGCCAGUAAGUGACAACACGCUCAUGCACAUGGCUACAGCAGAGGCUGUCAUCACAGAGUACUGUUGUUUGGAAGACCUGUACCGGGAGCUGGUAAAACGCUACGUGGAUGCUAUCGAUAAGCUCUCAGGAAGGCGACCAGACCCUGCUACCAUUGAAGGCUGCAGGGAAUUAAAACCAGACAACCACCUCCUCGCUUGGCACACACCGUUCAAUGAAAAGGGUUCUGGAUUUGGAGCAUCUACAAAAGCUAUGUGUUUAGGGAUGCGGUACUGGAAGCCGGAAAAGUUGGAGUCCCUUAUUGAAGUGAGCAUUGAAUGUGGACGAAUGACUCAUAACCAUCCUACAGGCUUUCUAGGGUCCCUGUGCACAGCUCUCUUUGUGGCAUAUGCAAUACAGGGGAAACCCCUUGUGCAGUGGGGAAGAGAGAUGAUGAAGGUUGUGCCGAUGGCUGAGGAAUACUGCAAGAAGACAAUUCGCCACAUGGCAGAAUAUCAGGAGCACUGGUUUUACUUUGAAGCCAAGUGGCAGUUUUAUUUGGAGGAGAGAGAAAUCAACAAUGAAAAUCAGAAUAAACCUGUUUUUCCAGACAACUAUGACGCAGAGGAGAGAGAAAAGACAUACAGGAGAUGGAGCUCUGAAGGCCGGGGGGGGAGAAGAGGCCAUGAUGCCCCCAUGAUCGCCUAUGAUGCCCUGCUGGGCUGCGGUGGAGACUGGACAGAGCUCUGCAACCGCUCCAUGUUCCACGGAGGAGAAAGCGCAGCUACUGGGUCUAUCGCCGGCUGCCUGUAUGGCUUGGUUUAUGGCCUGAGCAAGGUCCCCAAAGGCUUGUACCAGGACCUGGAACAAAGGGAGAGGCUCGAGUUCUUGGGAGAGAAUCUUUACCGACUAUCCAUGGAGGAAAAGUAAAGCAGUUUCUGCCAUUUUCUCUUUCUAUAAAGACUAUAUCAAGCCCUGUAGAUAACUGACUGAUGUUCAUAGCUAAGGAAUUAGCUGAGAGUUAGUCUGAAAGACUGUAUGUAGAUCGUGUGUGAAUGAAGAUUGCUGAAUUAUUCAAGACUGAUUCGAUAUUUACAGUUUUGUGGGUUUUUUUUACAGAUGUAGGGAUUUCCAAGUAUAAAGGCUACUGUCCGAACCAGUGAGAUAAUCUCAAAUGGAAAAAGAGAAAUAAACCCUCUUUGACUGAUUUCAGUCUAACUUGCCACAAUACCACUUGCUAAACAGCUGUGACCAGCAUUUACACAUACAAAAUUAAUUUUUAGAACUAAUGCUUUCCUGCAAAACUAAUGGUAGUACCUACUUAUGGGGAUAUUCUCUGUAUAUUUGACAAUCCUUUCACCACUGUGUUUCUCCUUGUUCUCAAAUCUAAUGUGUCUGUGAUACUUGUAAAUCUAAUGUCUCAUGGAUUAGCUUUUAAUGAACCACUGAUCCCUGUAUCAGCACUGUGGUGCAAGGUAUUGUUACAUUAGAAGCUUCCAGAAAAGGAAAAGCCAACACUAAAAAUACCCCCAAGGAGCAGCAAAGCACCAGUGUGUCUAAAAUUUCUGAAUUACGCUUUUCUUCUUCAUCAGUCUU